CGAAGCCCGUGGAGAUCCGAUCGAAGACAGCCCGAUCAUGGGGACCAAAGAAGAGGAGAUGCUCAACACCAAGGACAAAACGUCCAGGGGAAUCCCAACUCAGCACCCAAUGAUUGGCCUCCUCCUCCUCUGUUUGGCCAUAUGGAUCCAUAGGAAUUCGGCAAGCCUGUGUCAUACACUCCAACCAUGAUCGCAACACACAAAGAUUCAGGGGGACCUCUAGCCAAGAUAACACUCAGCAUCGAGGGCCGGCCCACUCAGUUCAUUUGCGACACAGGUGCUGCCCGGUCUGUUAUUCGAACGAAAGAAUUACCCGAUAUCUCCUUCCUAUCUGACAAUGACAUCACGUGCGUUGGAGUGGAUGGAACACCCCGAAAAAGUCCUCUAACCCGCCCCCUACAAGUUGGCAACAUCCCUGACCUGCUAACAAGAUUUGUGGUUUCCGACACCUGUCCCUUGAACUUACUAGGGGCUGACGUCUUAUCCAGACUCCAGGCCUCAAUCUCCUUCCAACCUGAUGGUGGUAUCCGAGUAACCUCACCACUGACUGAUGAAGACACGUCAGCAUUAUGCUCCAUUCCGCUCUUGCUGUCCCUAAACGUAGAAGACAAGACUGGAAUUCCGGAAGAGGUUUUAACCCGAAUACCUUCCUGCCUGUGGUCUACAGGCCCAGAAGACAUCGGUCAUCUAAAAGUCCCGCCUGUCAUGGUCAGAAUGAAGCCUGGUGCCCCUUUCCCCAGAAAACCCCAAUACCCCCUCAAGCCCUCCGUGUCAGCAGCAAUCACUCGCCAGAUAGAGGCCCUCCUCCAGAAUGGGGCUCUUAUACCCUGCACAAGCCCCUGCAACACCCCACUCUUCCCAGUCAAGAAGAAAACCCCAAAAGGAGAACCUGUGAAAUAUCGCAUGGUGCAGGACCUGCGAGCAGUGAAUGAAGCCACCAUACUGGAGACACCCAUAGUACCCAACCCACACACCUUGCUGGCAGGAAUACCACCCACGGCCAAGUACUUUACUGUGGUGGACCUAGCGAACGCCUACUUCAGUGUCCCCCUAGACCCGCGUUGUCAAUUCUUAUUCAGUUUCAUCCACGAAAGGAAAAGCUACACCUGGACUGUAAUGCCGCAAGGUGCCCAGAACUCCCCGUCCCAAUUCUCCAAGGCAAUGAAAUUCAUUCUGGACACGUGGAUCAAACUCCACCCAGACGUUGUGCUUCUCGAAUAUGUGGAUGACCUCUUGCUUUGCGCAGAUACCCAAAAUGAGGCUGCCACCCACUCUGAAGACCUUCUUUGUUACCUGGCUGAACAAGGCUGUAAAGCAUCAAAACAGAAGAUCCAGUGGUGCAAGCAAACAGUGGUCUUCCUUGGACAUUGUAUCUCACAAGGCGUAAGACAUCUUACUCAAGAACGAAUAGCUGUGAUCAAAGCAAUUCCGGUGCCAGUUGGCCACAAGUCUCUCCAUGCUUUUCUGGGCCUAAUAUCUUAUUGUCGUUCAUGGAUUCCAGAAGCAUCUCUGCUAAUGCAACCACUCUAUGAUGCUCUAAAGACUGAUCCUUUCACUCUGCCACCAGAGGCCCUUACAAACUUUGAAAUUCUGAAACAGAUCCUGUCGUCGGCCCCUGCCCUUGGCAUACCAGACUAUGAAAAGAGCUUCAAGCUAUUUGUCUCAGAGAGAGAAGGACACGCCACAGGAGUACUGGCCCAAUCUUGUGACAACAGACUUAGACCUAUCGGGUACUAUUCCUGUCGAUUGGAUCCAGUAGCUAGGGGGGCACCCUCCUGCCUCAGAGCUGUUUUCGCAGCCCAAGCCCUUCUGGACAAAACUGCAGAUCUUGUGCUGGGCCACUUCCUCAUCCUUCUAGCUCCGCAUGACAUAUCAGCCGUGCUAAACCAAGUACAACCAAAACAUAUGUCAGCAGCAAGACAUCUCAGACUACAAUGCACUUUGCUCCUCCCGGACAAUAUAUCCCUCCUCAGAUGUAACACCCUCAACCCGUCCACUCUGCUCCCGCUUUUCGAGGGGGGAAACGACCCUUACGAUAUCUCUCACGACUGUCUUGAAAUCAUGAAGAUGGAAACUACACACCUGCCAACAGUUAGCAGAGUGCCUCUGGACGACCCUGACCUGACUAUCUAUGUUGAUGGAUCAAGAUAUGCAGAUCAUGAAGGGAGGUACCACACAGGAUAUGCUGUCACUACCAGAGACACAAUCCUCCAUGCCUCUGCAUUGCCCCCCUCUAAGUCCGCACAAGAAGCAGAACUUCAGGCCCUAAUCAUGGCAUGCAAGCUGGCGGAAGGGAAGAAGGCUAACAUUUAUACGGACUCAAGAUACGCUCUUGGAGUGGCCUGUGACUAUGGUGUCCUGUGGAAGAAUAGGGGUUUUCUGACAGCAGUGGGUACACCUAUAAAACACAGCGCAGCAGUCAGGGACCUGAUUGAUGCUCUGCUACUUCCUACCCAAGUGGCAGUUCUCAAGGUAAAGGCACAUGGCAGACUGAACACUCAAGAAGCACAAGGUAAUCACUUGGCGGACACUGCAGCAAAACAUGCCGCGAAAGGUGUGCGAGAAGUUGUACGCAGAGUGGACGUCCAAAACAUUCCAACACAAGAGACAGUACAAGCCACCAUGAUCUUGCAGAACCCUCCUGUGGAUUGGGCACGCUUGAAGGAAAUGCAAGAGGCAGCAAGUGAAGAGGAAAAAGGAACAUGGACGAAGAAGGGAGCCAUAUUGAAGGAUGGACUCAUGGAAGUGAAUAAGAGACCAUGUUUACCACGGUCCAUGUUCCCAGCUGUGGUGCAGUGGGCUCAUGGUGCUUCUCACCUGUCGAAGACCUUGAUGAAUGCUUUGAUCAAUAAAUACUACCUGGCCCCAGGAAUUACCCCACUUACCAACAACUUCUGUAAGUCAUGCGUCAUUUGUGCCAAGUGCAACCCAGGCAGAACGGAAAAGACACCCAUGAAACAUCUAGCUAAAGCUCAAUAUCCCUUUCAACGAAUACAGAUUGAUCAUAUUCAGAUGCCGAAGAGUGGCCGGUAUGAAUACGCUCUAGUAAUCGUUGAUAUGUUCAGUUCCUGGCCCGAAGCGUUCCCUGUGACCAACAUGACAGCGAAGACCACAGCCAAGAAGCUUCUAACGGAAAUAGUGUGCAGAUAUGGUGUCCCAGAGGUCAUAGAGAGUGAUCAGGGGCCGGCUUUCACGGCCUCGUUAACCAAAGAAAUAUGGACAGCCCUAGGGGUCACACUUGCUUUCCACACCCCGUAUCACCCUCAGAGCAGUGGGAAGGUAGAAAGAUUGAAUGGCACAAUAAAAUCCCGAAUGUUGAAAAUGUCUCAGGAGACAGGGAUGAGCUGGCCAGACAGUCUACCCAUCGCCCUGUUCAGUGUGAGAUACACUCCUAAAGAGAGCCAUGGUUUAUCACCUUAUGAAAUACUGUUUGGUUCAGCCCCGAGAUUAGGGUGUUAUUAUCCACAACAGUUACAGUUACAAUCCGAUGUAUUAACUGAUUAUGUGACUGCUUUGUCUCGUGAAUUAACCCGAAUCCAUGCAAAGGUUUUCUCUUCCAUUCCAGAUCCUGAGUUAGAUACAGGAACACACAAGCUGGUCCCCGGUGAUUGGGUUCUGGUGAAGAAAUUUGUGCGAAAACACCCUCUUGAACCAAGAUAUGACGGUCCCUUCCAGGUCCUCCUAAUAACAGCUACAUCUGUGAAAGUUGCAGGGAAGAAUACCUGGAUACACGCCUCCCACUGCAAGAAGGUCACCAUACCCAAGGAAACGGAUAAAGAUAAAUCAUGAUCAUAUAUAUCCUUUGUCUGUGUGGGUUGACUGGGGCACAGCAUGCAGCCAUUACUAAGAAAGAUGGGAAGGUCAUUUUUUGGUAUAAUUCAUCUGAUACCCAUAUAGCCACGUUUGACUUCCACCCGUGUAAGAUACUCCCAUGUCCUGAGCAUGACAGCAGGUCAGAACGGUAUGAAAAAGGUGACGGAGAGGGAUAUAUAUGUGUCACUAAAGGGUCAUGGGGAAAAAAUUGUGACAGUUGGGGAGCAGCAGCUUGGAACACAGGGACACCCUGGGGAUAUAACCCUCUGCCAGCCUAUGACAGUAAAGACAGCCAGGGGGAGCCCUUGCUAACCCGUCUUACCCUCACCAAGCCAGGGCCCAGUAUGACACUUGUCCUAAACAUACGGAAUCCGAGCCCAUCCGAUAAGGGAGAGUAUGUGUUGGGGUGGUGGUUCGGAGGUGGUCACUGGGGUCAUAGAGGGUCUUUCCGUCUAGAAGAUAUGUACAACAACAAUGAAUGGCAGCCAAUCAAGAACCUGCCGCCCCCACCAAACCCCUUAAAGCCCCAUGUACAGACCUUGGAGGACAUGGUUGCAAUAGCAGAUCCUACCUUCAAGGAUACAAUGGAGGUUGAGACCGGCCUUUCAGAAAUCAAUCUCUGGCUAGAAUGGAUGAGAUAUAGCGCCAGCAGACAUAAUAAAACCAACUGCUAUGUCUGUGGUAGUGCUAGGCCACAUUUGGGUACAGUCCCAUUAGUUAUACCUAAAAAAGAGGAAGAGUGCUUCCUAAGCCUCUACGCUAACAUUUCCACCAACCAAUUAACAUGUGAAAAAUGGAAAAAGGAAUAUCCCAUAGACACCAGUGCUUCAAUACCUAAGAUAGCUAUCACCUUAUACCCUGGAAACUACACUUGUUAUGCUCACCAUGAAGGGAGGGGUAAAAACCUAGGUAACUUCUCCAAAGGUUACUGUGCUUCUUACAGUCAUGUCCCGGCCAACU